UCCCGUGCAGGCCUAGUAGUGGCGUUGCACCGUCAUCGAUAUCUUCCUCAGAGAUAUAAACACAACGCCACACAGGCGCUUGUGGUGCCAGUGCCACACUGCCACACCUCGCCAUCGCCACCGUGGGCUUGCAGGCUUUGCGCCCUCCUCCUCCUGUCGCCAAUCCAACCAUAAUGGCAGCUCACAACUCGGCUGCUUGCAGCCUUUGCGUCCUCCUCCUCCUCCUGUCCACUGCCACUCUCUCCGCCUCAGGUUCCCCCCUCUGCACCAAGCCCUCCCCUACUCCCGAAAACCUGCCAGCAGACGGCGAGGACGCCCUCCCGCUCCUCCGCUCCUUGGAGCUCAACACCGGCUACUUCUUCGGAGGCAAAGAUAUCGAGUUCAAAGACGAGAGCAACGUGACAUCCUCCUACUCCUAUGUCACCCGCUCAUUCUCUCUGCUCCCACUCCACGCCGAUCGGACAUCCAACACCGCCGUCUUCCACGUCGUCGCCAUGUUGACCCUUUCCGGCGGCCGCGACCGCGAGAACCACUAUAUGGGAGCCCAUCGGCGGCGACGCCACCAUCGCUACGUGGGCAGUCACUCUGUCACCUUCUCCUUUGACGGUUACUACUCCACCGGCACCACUUCCGGGGAGCUUUGCAUGACUGGCUCAGGCUCCUAUCCCGAGGAGAACGGCUCCACCAAACGCCUCCGCGACGUCGCCCUCCACCUCCGCGUCCCCAACCCAUCUAGCAUCACGGACCCCUUCAUCACCGGCAGCCUCAAGGGCGCUGGCUUCGACGCCAUCUCUCUCGUCGCGUACGCCGAAGGCGACACCUACCGCUAUGGCAAGCGCGCCUCCUGCUCGCCGCUGCCGCCAUCUUCUGCCGCGGCCGCGAGGGGCGCGCUCCAGGCUAUUGGCGCCAACUUCUCGUGCGCGCACCUGAAAGACCAUCUGGCGGCAUCUUACAAGCUGCAGGAGCAGGACGGCGGCGGCGGGCACGCGCCGGUCUCCCCGCCGGAUCGGUGCUUGCACAUCAGCGAGGUGCAGUGCGCCGCGGACGGGUCCGUGCGCGCAUACGCGUCGUUCUCCAACGACACGGAGAUGGGGAGGCACCUGCCGCCACGCCCACCAUUCAUGGUCAAAGAUGAGGCGGUCGUCGCCGAAGGGCACUGGGAUUCAGCUCGGAGCAUGCUCUGCCUCAGGGCGUGCCGUGUGGUGGUGGGCUCAGGGGAGUCCAUGGCGGUGGACGAGGAGUGCGACAUGGGCAUGAGUUUCUGGUUCCCGGGAGUCUGGACGAUUCGGGACCGGAGUGCCGUCGCCGGCAUGCUCUGGAACUCGAGCAAAGCGGGUGAUGGCUCUGGUGUCAGUGGUGUUGUAUCAGCGUCGAGCGUCGAUGGCAGCAUCCAUAGAGGCAACAUCUCUGAAGUGAAGUACGAGUACAACUACACGAUGGUGGAGGAGGCGAAAAAGCAUUGUCUCCAGGAUCCCGCAUCGAGCAAGCCCAAGAAGAAGGUUAAGGGGUCGUUCGUCGCUCCUAAUAACUACACCGAUCAUGACCUCGAGUUCCAUUUCUUCGACACCAAAGACGGCACGAUGGGUAGUGGGAUCGCCUACCCGGUUGCUAUCGGCCCGGCGAUGGUCUAUGGUGAUCAGCUGGCCGCCGACGAUUCCUUCUCACGGAAGGCCGUGGUCGACAUGAAUACGGAGGAGCUGUUGAACGUCAGCUACGACAUACGUGAGCAUGUUCCACCUGCGGGCUGGGUGCGUCCCAAGAACGGGUCGUACAUGAUCAGCCUUGAAGAACGGAGAAUGGCAGCAGAGGGUGUCUUUAAUCCGAAGACGGGCAUCCUGUCCAUGAUCGCCUGCCGAGAGUACAACAGCUCGACGACGGACUGCCAGAUACUGAUCACCGUUUAUCUAGCCUCGCUGAUGGACGGGAAGGCGCAAGGCCAUGGAAGGGGAGCGAUCAGCAGCCUGAGAAACAAGACGGCGGCGGACCCUCUCUUCUUCGAGAAGGUCGACAUCAUGUUGUCCGGGAUGUACUCCGAGCAGAUCUCGGAGUCGAUCUCGAGGAUGGACUUCGAGAGCAUCCUGCUGGUGGUCUCGACGACGCUGCCGUGCGUCUUCACCGUCCUGCAGAUCUUCCACGCCAAGAGGAGAAGCGAGGCAGCAGCGGCCACAUCGGUCACCAUGCUCGUCGUCCUGGCGCUGGGGUACGUCGCGCCUCUGGUGGUCAGCUCCGAGGCUCUGUUUCUGAGCAGGAGGAGGCAGUACGCGCCGCUGCUGCCGUUCCGGAGCUACGUGCCGUACGAGCUGAGCCAGGCGAUGCUGAGGGCGCCCACUCUGAUCGCCCUGCUGCUACAGCUGCGCCUCAUUCAGCUGGCCUUGUCGGCGCGGAAGGCGGACGCCGAGCAGAGCAAGGCCGAGUCGUCAGCGUCGCGCGCCGAGAGGAGAGCGCUCUGGCUGUGCGCGCCGCUGUACCUGAUCGGCGGAGCGCUGACCAUCGUCGUCCACGUCGUGAACGCGCUCCGAGCAGCGCGGGAGAACUCCCUCACCGUCCGCAUCGGCCCGGAGCCGGCGACGCUGUGGGAGGACCUCGUGUCGUCCGCGGGGCUGGCGCAGGACGCGUUCCUGCUCCCGCAGGUCGUCAUGAACGCGCUCUCGCCCGGCGGCGUCAGGGCCGGAGCCCUGACGCCGUGGUUCUACAUCGGCAGCACCGUGGUCCGCGCGAUGCCCCACGUGUACGACGUGAUCAGGGCGCAGGGCUACGUGCCGAGCUCCAGGCCGUCCAUCGUCUUCGCGAGCCCGCGUUACGACCGGUACGGCGUCGCCUGGGACGUCAUCGUGCCGUGCACGGCGAUCGUGCUUGCGGCCCUGGUGUUCUUGCAGCAGCGGGUUGGCUCGGCGGCACCAUUGUUCCGUUCGCGGAGGAGGUUGGGUGAGUACGAGAUGGUCUCUCCUCUUUAGACGAUGAAAGGGCUUGGCACGUUAUGGCCGUGAACGUGAGGACGGGACGGAUUCACGGAUCGGUCUCGCGUGCCUCUUCCAAACCACAAUCCUCGUUGCCACGGCGCAUUUCUUUAUCGCAAUCGUACAUGUUUGUCGUCCAGACUCUUCGUUGGAUAGUGCAAGUGGAGCACAAUCCGCGGUGCGCAGCAAUGCAUGCAGUGUAAGAAUAACGUACAGAGUAUAUAUAUUUUAUUUGAGCAGCCUCCAUUAUUUUU